CAGAGAAAAUAUUAAAAAUAAACAAAUAAAUAAAAACUAGAAUUGUCUGUCCCAAAAGUAGAUCAAAACUUGGGACUUAGACAGUAUCAAGAAUCUCAUUAACUCUCGCACAUGAAGGUAGCAUUAGCUCAUAUAAAGUCAACAGGAGACCACACGAAGCCCAUAAAUAAGGUUUCUCAAUCAGUUCUCUCGUAUACACAAAACUGAGAAAGAAGGCAAAAAAAAAAAAAAAAUAUGUUGUCUUCAAGCUCUGCCAUUCUUUCUCUACUUACAAUCCUUGUAUCGGCUUCAUGCAUUGCUUCAAAUUCAAUUCAAGAUAGCUUCUACAGAUGUCUCACUCUCAACUCUGAGACCUCUUUACCACUCUCCACAGCAUUCUACACCCCAAACAAUUCUUCAUUCACUUCCGUCCUACAAUCUACUGCCCAAAACUUAAGGUGUUUGAUGCCUUCUGUGCCAAAGCCUGAACUGAUAUUCACACCAUUGCUUGAAUCUCAUGUCCAAGCAGCUGUAAUUUGCUCAAAAGAGCUUGGUAUUCAGCUCAGAGUCCGGAGCGGAGGCCAUGACUAUGAAGGCAUCUCAUAUAUAUCAGAAGUGGAAACACCAUUCGUGGUGGUUGACUUGGCUAAGCUUCGAUCCAUCAAUGUCGACAUUGAGGACAACAGUGCAUGGGUUCAGGCCGGUGCAACCAUUGGUGAAGUUUACUAUAGAAUUGCUGAGAAAAGCAAGAUCCAUGGCUUCCCAGCUGGACUCUGCACCAGCUUAGGUGUUGGUGGGCACAUUACAGGAGGCGCAUACGGUCCCAUGAUGAGAAAAUAUGGCCUUGGAGCAGACAAUGUCAUGGAUGCACGAUUGGUUGAUGCUAGCGGAAGAAUACUUAACAGAGCUUCCAUGGGAGAAGAUCUGUUUUGGGCCAUCAGAGGGGGUGGAGGAGCCAGCUUUGGUAUCAUCCUUUCAUGGAAGAUAAAUCUGGUUCCUGUUCCGUCAACUGUGACAGUUUUUACAGUUCCUAAGACCUUGGAACAAGGCGCGACAAAGAUCCUCUACAGAUGGCAACAAGUUGCAGACAAGCUCGAUGAAGAUCUCUUCAUUAGAGUCAUCAUACAAAAGGCAAGUACCGGUAAUCAGAGUACGGUAACAACUUCCUACAAUGCACUGUUUCUUGGAAAAACUGAUAGGCUCCUAGAAAUAAUGAAUGAGAGCUUCCCUGAAUUGGGGUUGCGGCAAAAAGACUGCAUUGAAAUGAGCUGGCUUGAGUCGGUGCUAUAUGUUGCCGGCUACCCAAGCACUGUACCUCCUGAAGUUCUACUCCAAGGGAAGUCAACGUCGAAGAGUUAUUUCAAGGCCAAAUCAGAUUUUGUGAGAAAACCAAUUCCUGAAACUGGGCUGGAAGGGCUUUGGAAAAGGCUCUUGGAAGAAGACAUUCCAUUGACAAUAUGGAAUCCAUAUGGUGGAAUGAUGGGUAAGAUUUCAGAGUCUGAAACUCCUUUCCCUCAUAGAAAAGGUGUCAUAUAUAAAAUACAGUACCUUACAGCCUGGACAAAUGCAGACAAAGAUACAGAAGCAAAGCACAUAGAAUGGAUUAGGAGGCUUUACAGUUACAUGGCCUCUUAUGUUAGGAUGUCCCCAAGAGAAGCAUAUGUCAAUUACAGGGAUCUUGAUUUGGGUAUGAACACGAAAGGUAACACGAGUUUCAUUCAGGGAAGUGUUUGGGGUAAGAAGUACUUCAAGAAAAACUUCAAGCGUUUGGCAAGAGUGAAGACCAAGGUUGAUCCGGAUAACUUCUUCUGGCAUGAACAGAGCAUACCAACUCUUCCAUGAAUGACCAAAAGGAAUGGGAGGAAAGGGUAGACAGUCCAGGGAUGAAAUGUAUCUUAUAAUGCACUAGUUGCAAGUGAAGCACUUCUCUUUGUACCAGAUGGUUUGGUUUUUAUAAUUAGUAAUAAGAAUAUGAUGGAUAGGCAGUGUCUCCCUCAAGAUAAA